CAGAAGAAGAGCUCUGCGUGAUGGGGACACGCUUGAAGGUGACAGACAGCAGGAAUUUACAAUAUUGGUGUUUGCUUACAUUAUUUUUAACGGUGCUGCGGGUCUUCAAAGAUCUGCAUAAGACAAGAAGACACGUUUUUAAAGAUGAUGACGGAGCUCUGACAGCUGCCAGGUUAAAAAUAAAUGAAGAAUUCAAAAAAAACAAGAAUGAAACGUCAGAGGAAAAUAUUAAAGAGAUGCUGAAAACGGCCCGAGCGGUUGAGACCAUCCUUCGUGAAAAUGUGAUACAGGGAGAGCAUGUGGAGGAAAAUAAAAUCUUGUUACGGCCCCGCCAGAGUCUCCUGCUGGACAAUGUGCCUUACUCUGAUACGCCCAGAAACAAGACGUGACCCUGAUUCACUGUCACUGAUACAGAUCAUAUGCGACAAAGAGCAAGACACAUUAGUGCAGCCCAUCCAAUAAUCACCCAUUUGUCAUUUGCACUGUAAUAUCACACAGUGGCCGUAAUAACAUGACUUUAAUAACUUGUACAGUAUGUUGGUUCAGCGAUCAUGUGAUUGUGUUCAAUUGGCACAUUGUAAAUAGUAUUUGUUUGGGUACGUGUUGAAUAAAUUGUAAAAACAUG